ACCGUUGGGGUUUCCCGGCUUCCUCCCUUCCCCCACAAACCUCGCCACCUCGGAAACGCCGCCGCCGCCGGAAGAAGAAGAAGCCAUGGCGACCACCCAGCCCAUCGCCAGCGCGGAGGCCUCCUCCCCGGCGGCGCAGGCGAAGCGCCGCGGCCGCCCGCCCAAGGGCCCGCUGGCGGCGGCCGAGGUCGAGGCGCCGAGGACCCCGUCGCCCGUGUCCCCGCUGACGGCCGCGGCGGAAGGCUACGAGCGGGAGCGGGAGGCGAGGAUCAGGGAGAACAUGGAGCGGAUGCAGAAGCUCGGCCUCGUCGACCUCGCCACCCGCUUCAACCAGUCCGCCACCCCCGCCGGCACCGGCACCGGUCGCGGCCGCUGGCGACGGAGGCCGGAGACGCCGGGCUCCCCCGCCGACGCCGCCGCUCCCAGGAUCAGGACCGCCUCCUCGACGCCCGCGCGCCGGUCUCUCAGGUUGAAGAGCGUGGAGCCGGUUAGCUAUGUUGAAAUCUGCGAGAAAAAAGAGAAGGGUCUUGAAGGUGGAAGGCCUUUCUCGAUUGAGGAAGGAUGCAAGGAAGAAGUUUACACAGAAGAGCAUGAGAAGCUUUUAGGUACAUGUGGGACACCCUGGACUCUCUUUGUGGACGGUUGUGACAAGGAUGGUAAGCGCAUCUAUGAUCAAGUGAGGGGCCAAACCUGUCAUCAGUGCCGCCAGAAAACUCUGGGUCAUCGUACAAGAUGCUGUAAUUGCCAGAUUGUCCAAGGGCAGUUCUGCGGAGAUUGUUUGUACAUGAGGUAUGGUGAGAAUGUGCUGGAAGCUAAGAGCAAUCCUAAUUGGAUAUGUCCGGUUUGUCGUGGCAUUUGCAACUGCAGUAUCUGCAGAACCAAGAGAGGAUGGUUCCCUACUGGCAAUGCAUACCGGAAGGUUGUCAGACUUGGGUACAAAUCAGUGGCACACUACCUCAUUGCAACAAAUCGAGCAGGAGCUAAAUCAAGGGAUUCAAGCUCAGCUGACUCCUCGAACGAGCUGCCAUGUGCCGACGAGGUCUCUGAGCACACACCAAUUGCCAAGCAGGAUGCUGAUCUGAGCAGCAACACGAUGAAUGAUGCUGGUGAAGUUGAGCAGAAGGAAGGAAACAUGAAGAAGGCCAAGGAUGAAGUCAAGGCCCCCAGGAAGAAGAUUACUGCUGUCAAGGAUGAAGCCAAGGCCCCCAGGAAGAAGAUUACUGCUGAUGUGGUCUGCAAGGAUGAUGGCAGGAGCGAGUCCGGGGUGACAUUUGAUUCUCUGGAAUGUCACCAGGAUGUCGGCUGCGUCACUCCAUCUAAGCCGGAGCCGAAGAAGAAGAGGAAGUGGGUCGAAGCAAGAAGCCCUGACUGCGUCGCAAGCAGGCUGCGCUCCCGGUCUGCUCCCAAGUCAUGAGCAACUUGAUCUUGUGACUUGUGAGGGCCGACGACUCCUUUUGCGCAGGUGGUUAUCUUGUCACUGGCAUGAUUCUGGUUGGUGGUGUGUUUUGGGUUUGUUGGUUGUCGUUUAGUUUGCUGUAGGUAAUUGAGGGAAGCAGUGAUGGAUGUGGCUGGUGUGGUGUGGACUUGCUAUCAUUUUGUUGUGACCUUGACGCUCGGCUCUGGCUUAUCGUGUUGGUGUAUCAACCUAGUGUUUCUGUUCAUGCCGUGUUGUCUAUUUAUCAAAGAUGUUGUGUUGUGAUUAGCCAUUUA